AUGGCGGACCCACCUUUGGGGGCCUCCGAGCCCCCUCCCACAAACACCCAAGAAACCAACACCAGCUUCUCAGUUGAGGACUUCCAGCCUCGUGUCCCGACCGAGCCGCUUCCUCAAUCCCGUAAGAGAACACGGAGCGGUGAUGCUUUCGCACCAUCGGAUGGCACGGGCCGCGUUACCACCAGGGAAGUGUGGAAACUCAUCGACAGCCUGAAAUUAAUCAUACACCACCAAACCGCACUCAUCGAAUCCACUAAAACCGAGAUCGAGGAGGUCAGACACGACCAGAAUGUCCUUCGUGAUCAGAAUGAUAAGCUCCACGAGGAAAUCAGAGCUCUGCGAGCACAAAUCGAAACCCACCCACCAGCACCUCCGUCCAGAUCAUGGGCCGCAGUUGCGGCAAGCGGCAGCGGUGCUUCCCCCCACCGACCCACCAACGCCCCAACAAGGACCAGAACUGCCGAUGGAAACAUCUUCGGCCGAUACCUCCCCACAGAUUCCGCUAAUACCCACAUCCGCUCCGCGCUAAUGAACGCCCCAUCAACCCAGGAUGCGCAGGUCGCUGGAAUUGGCACCACCAAGACGGGCUAUGUGAUUCGAUUCAAGGACCCCGAGUCGGCCGAAGUGGCCCGCAACAACACUGAAUGGUUGAAUGAACUAGGAAAUAGUACGAAACUGGUGAAACCGCGGUUCGGCGUCGUCGUGCACCGCACCCCAACAGAGGACUUUGAUUUGGAGAAUGCAAACGCCCGAGCUAUUGAGAAAAUCACGGAAGAAAACGACCUAUCGGGACAGGGCUUCCGGAUCGAAGAGGUGGCAUGGCUCAAGAGGAAGGACAAGCCAUUAGGAAAGUUUGCAUCACUUGGGAUAUGGUUCGAUUCUACGGAAGGAGCCGAACGCAUCCUUAACAAUGGCCUCUUAGUCGGCCAGAGAUACAUUGUGCCCUACCCCCGCAACUUCCAACCCCCGUCAAUGUUAGAGACGAACCUACAAGUGCUACAGUUGAACAUCAUGAAAUCGGGACCAAGGAUGGAAGCGCUUAUCAACGACCACCAAAGCCAAAACCUGGACGUACUCUUAAUCCAGGAACCAUCCAUCACCGCCUACCAAACACACGUCAACCAUAGCGCCUGGCGACUAUAUCGACCAACUGCCGAGACCGAGGGAGCUCGGUUUCGGAGUCUAGUCUAUGUUAACCAGAGGGUCUCAACAUCCUCACACCGACAGAUCCCUUGUGACCAUCCAGAUGUUGCUGCCAUCAAGAUCUGGACGGCCGACUCUCAACUUCUUCUCUUUUCUGUUUACAUCCCAUGCGUCCCACUAUAUACGCCUGACAACGCGUCGGCGGAGCCAGCACUCACAGCAAUCCAAGACACGAUCACAGCUACUUUACGGGACGACCGACGGUCUACAAGCGUCGUCCUCGCGGGAGACUUCAACCGUCACCACCCAACAUGGGGCGGUAACAGUAUCCAACCGCGAUUCAUUGAAGACCUGCCUCCCCGGGGGACGGCGACCUAUUGGUCUCUGAACGACCCGGGGAGACACUCUACUAUUGACCAGACGGUAACGAAUCGACCGGAUCUGCUUAUCAAAUGCCAUCUCUACCACGAAAAUUACGGAUCGGACCACCGUGCAACGUUCUCCGAAUGGAACCUCAGAGCUCAGCGCCAACCCGUCGCUAAGGCAAAGAAAGCCUACGACCGUGCGAACUGGAGCAAGAUAGCCGAAGACGUGCUUCAACAAAUGGGCCCAUGGAAGGAAGUGAAAACGAGACCGGCGCUAGAUGAAGUAGUUAGAAGGCUCACAGAGGCAACCGCAACAGCGGUGGAUAGGCACACUCCCGACCUGCGACCAACACCAUACUCCAAACGCUGGUUUACCCCAGCCCUCAAAAUACAGCAAACCGAAGUCAAUCAACUACGUCGGAUAUGGCAAGAGAGCUGUGCGGAACUUGGGCGACACGACGCCCGCUCCAUAACGCAUUUUCAAGAGAUGCAGCGCAAACGACGGUUAUGGACCCGGACUAUCGAGAAGGUGAAGGCGUCACAUUGGAAACAGUUCCUUGACGAAGCUGGGGAAGGGAAACUCUGGAAAGCUGCCACCUACAUGAAACCACGAGAAGCCUGGGGAUGUGUGCCGGCAUUGCACAUCGGCACCAACGAGCUCAUAGAAAACAAGGACAAAGCGCAGGCCUUCUUAGAUUCUUUCUUCCCGCAAAUGGACGAACCUCACGAGGACUUGCCCGCCCAAGCACCUCUAGCACUUCCAUGGCAACCUAUCACUGAGCUUGAGAUUCAACGUUCUCUCAAAGCCGCAAAAGGAUCUACCGCACCCGGGGAAGACGGCCUGCCGACGCUAGUAUGGAAACAGCUGUGGAGACACCUCAAGGUCUACAUCACAGGGAUCUUCACCGCGUCAGUCAAUCUAGGAUACCACCCGAAGCGAUGGCGAAGCGCGAAGAUUGUGGUGCUGCGAAAACCUAAGAAAUCUGACUAUUCAGUACCUGGGGCCUAUCGCCCGAUCUCGCUGCUUAACACUCUCGGCAAACUCCUUGAAGCGGUGAUGGCACGACGACUGUCGUACCUCGCUGAAAAGCACGGCCUGCUACCUGACACCCAGUUUGGAGGACGACCAGGCAGAACGACCGAACAGGCCCUGUUGGUCCUCUCUAAUGCCAUUGACCGAGCGUGGUAUAAACACAAAGUGAUCACGCUAGUGGCUUUCGACCUGAAAGGUGCCUUUAACGGAGUCAACAAAGUGAGCUUAGACGCCUGCCUCCGGGCAAGAAGAAUCCCAACCGUGGCGAGAAAAUGGAUUGUGAGCUUUAUGAGCGACCGCCACGCCAGCAUAGGAUUUGACGACUUCCGCACCGAGGCCACACCACUAGCGAACGCGGGACUAGCACAGGGAUCGCCUCUCUCCCCCAUUCUGUUCACAUUCUUCAACUCCGACCUGGUCGACCAACCUGUCGACUCUCACGGCGGUGCAUCCGCCUUUAUCGAUGACUACUUCCGCUGGCGAGUGGGACGCUCAGCCGAAGAGAACCUAGCCAAGAUCCAAUCGGAAGACAUUCCCCGCAUUGAAGCAUGGGCCCGUCGAACUGGGUCUUGUUUCGCAGCCGAGAAAACCGAACUGAUUCACAUCACCAGGAAAAGACACGAACAGCUUCAGGGUCGAGUAGUUAUGAAUGGGAAGACGAUCGAACCGUCGCCCACGGCCAAGCUUCUAGGGGUGGUGUUCGACCAGGAGCUUCGCUGGAAAGAACACGUCCAGCAAGCGAUUAAACGGGCAAUCAAGGUCAGUAUUGCUCUGGGCGGGCUGCGGCAUCUACGCCCAGAACAGAUGAGACAGCUCUACCAAGCCUGCGUAUCGCCGGUCAUGGACUACGCGUCGAUGGUCUGGCACGACCCGUUGCGAGACAAGACUCACCUACGACACUUGAACACAGUCCAGAGAACCGUAUUAGUACGGAUCCUGUCAGCUUUCAGGACAGUGGCCACCACGACUCUGGAAGUAGAAGCACAUAUUGUGCCAACGCACCUCCGCCUCCGUCGCCGAGCGCAGAACACCAUCGCAAGCCUUCACACUCUGCCGCGCGAUCAUCCGAUCUGGGAUACACUACGGCGAGCCCAGAAACGUAGGAACAAUGUCGGGUCAUACGCUCGCUUCCCACUGGCGGAAGCCCUGAAGACCAUGAACCUAGAAAGAUUAGAUGAGCUAGAGACGAUCGACCCACGUCCGCUACCACCAUGGCGAACCGAGUCCUUCACGGAGAUCGAGAUCGGGUCAGACCGAGAGACGGCAAGAGAGCGGGCGGAGUCCGUGCGGACCACAUCCGCUAUCGUGGUCUACUCUGAUGCCUCGGGACGCGAAGGCCACCUAGGCGCCGCUGCCGUAGCACUCGACAAUGACCUACAAGUUGUCGAAUCGAAACAGGCCCAAGUGGGACCGAUGGACCGGUGGUCGGUUCACGUAGCAGAGCUGAUAGGCAUUUUCUACGCUGUCAGUAUAGUGUUCAAGAUCAGCCAUCAGCGGCCAAGAACGGAACAUAAUGGAACAACAACGGCAACGAUCCUCUGCGACAGCAAGUCGGCGUUGCAGGCGAUCGAGAACCCAGGAAACAAGUCAGGACAACGCAUCAUCCACGCGAUCCUCCAGGCGGCUGCAGAGGUCCAAGCAAAGGGAAUUGCGCUUUGUCUCCAAUGGAUACCCGGACACUGCGACGAUCCAGGGAACGACGCAGCAGAUCGGUUGGCCAAAGACGCGGCAAGCCCGGGCAAAACACACCCCUUCCGCCCUUUGCUAACAAGGAAGAGAGCGCUUAUCCGAGACAUGAUCCGCGCUCAAUGGGAGCGGGAAUGGAAAGCAUCAACUAAAGGCGGUCACCUGCGUAGAAUUGAUAGCACCCUACCGGCGGCCUACACCAGGAAGUUGUAUGGGAACCUGCCAAGGGGGCGGGCGUACCUGCUGACGCAGCUACGCACGGGCCACAAUUGGUUAUCCACCUAUGCCAAGACCUUCGGCUUCCGCGACAACAAUCAGAAGGAGAUCAGAAAGCGAGACCAAUCACACAAGGAAGAGCUUCAAAAAGUCAAAGAAGAAUUUAUCGCCCUCAAAGAAGAGUUUAGCGCCGCCCUUGCAGAAGUUCGACACGAGCUACAGACCCUGGCCGAUAGACCGGCGACACCGCAACCCCACCCCGAGUCGUACUCUCCGAACAACCAUGAUGCAAUUCUCCGCGAGAUCCAAUCCCUACGUGAGGAAAUCAGCGUCCCCGCCCCCACGAGUUCCACGUCCUAUGCAGAUGUCGCCCGUACUCCUCCGACCAGUUCCCCGAGUAACAUACGGACUCUUUCAACGCUGAACACAACACCAACUACUUUCACUGACACGCUAUACUGCACGAUAGACACUUCAAAUAUGACCGAAAGUGAGGGUGAGAGGGUAUCCGCAGGCUCAAUCAGAGCCACAAUCGAGAGAGAGAUCCAGACGAUGGAUGAUCGCACUCACUGGCGCUGCCGCGCGGUCACUGUGAGCCCAAGAAAUACCAACCGGAUCAGAAUCGCGUGUCGCGAUGAAGCCGAACACCAGCUAGUGAAGAAAGUGGUGGAAGCAAAGAUCGAUGCGGGAGCCCGAGUGCUCCGGGAUGAGCUCUACCCGAUCAAGGUCGACAGCGUUAAGAGGACUGCAGUACUGGAUGAGAACCAUGAAAUCCUAACAGGAGCUGCGGGAGCCGUGGGUGAGGAGAACGCGGCUACUGUAGCUAAAUUGACAUGGCUGAGCAGCAAGGAAGCCGCAAAACCUUAUGGAUCGAUGGUCGUGUACCUAACCAAAGGGAGCGACGCGCGGAGGCUCCUGGCCGAUGGAUACUUCCAUGUCGGAGGAGAAUCCGGGACCACUAGCGUCUUUGAGUAUCGGCCACGACCGGUGCAAUGUUAUAACUGCCAGGGGAUUGGCCAUAAGGGAUUCCAGUGCAAGAACGCCCAGAAUGCGUACCAUGCGGAGGCCCUCACGAAUCCUACAGCAAGAACUGCCGGAAGCUCUAUCCAUCACGUUAUGAAUAAUUCUCUUCGAAUAAUUCAGCUGAAUGUGAGGAAACAGGGUGCAGUGCACGAGAGUUUAAUGAACGAUGAAGACACUCGGAACGCAGUGGCGCUAGCGAUUCAGGAACCCCAAGCGAGGAGGAUUCAAGGCCAGCUGUUGACCACCCCGAUGGGGCAUCACAAGUGGACAAAGAUGGUGCCCUGCAUGUGGAGGGAAGGGAGAUGGGCAAUCCGGAGCAUGUUAUGGGUCAACAAAGAAGUCGAAGCGGAGCAAGUCCCAGUGGAGUCCCCGGACCUCACAGCAGCGCUGAUCAGGCUCCCCGAGCGACUGAUUUUCAUGGCAUCAGUCUACGUAGAAGGAGGCAAUGUCUCAGCCCUGGAAGAUGCGUGCAAUCGCUUACGCGACGCGAUCACAAAGGUACGACGAGAGGCGGGCGCUGUGGCGGAGGUUCUGAUUGUGGGGGACUUCAACCGACACGAUCAACUUUGGGGUGGAGACGAGGUGUCGCUGGGAAGACAAGGAGAAGCGGAUCCGAUCAUCGACCUCAUGAAUGAAUUUGCACUCAGUAGCUUGCUCAAACGCGGCACCAAGACAUGGCACGGCGGCGGACAAAGUGGAGACUGCGAGUCCACCAUUGACCUCGUCCUAGCUUCGGAAAAUUUGACGGAAUCCAUGGCGAAAUGUGCUUUACUCGACACAGACCACGGCUCGGACCACUGCGCAAUUGAGUCCGUGUUCGACACGCAGUGGUCGGGCCCAAGGCAUCAAGAACGGCUUUUGCUGAAGAAUGCACCGUGGAAGGAGAUUAAUGCUAGAAUCACGAGUGCUCUAGCCAUCCUUCCGUCAGAGGGUACAGUGCAGCAGAAAACCGACCGACUCAUGUCAGCAGUGUCCGAAGCGGUGCACGCUUUAACGCCGAGGGCGAAACCUUCACCACAUGCGAAGCGAUGGUGGACAGAUGACCUCACUCAGCUCCGUCAUAUAUACACGUACUGGAGAAACUGUGCUCGCUCCGAGCGACGGGCGGGUCGGAAAGUGCCUCGGCUUGAAAAAACGGCUCAAGAUGCGGCCAAACAGUACCACGAUGCCAUCCGCAAACAAAAGAAGAAGCACUGGAAUGAGUUUCUCGCAGACAAUGACAACAUCUGGAAGGCCGCCAAGUACCUCAAGUCGGGAGACGAUGCAGCGUUCGGGAAGAUCCCGCAGCUCUUAAGAGCGGAUGGAACUACUACCAACGAUCACAAGGAGCAAGCGGAGGAAUUGCUAUCCAAAUUCUUCCCACCUUUACCAGGGGACAUCGAUGAGGAGGGAAUGAGACCACAAAGAGCGGCCGUGGACAUGCCAGCCAUCACUAUGGAAGAGAUAGAACGACAGUUAUUUGCAGCGAAAUCGUGGAAGGCUUCGGGAGAAGACGGCCUACCGGCGAUCGUUUGGAAGAUGACCUGGCCCACAGCCAAGCACAGGGUCCUCGAUCUUUUUCAAGCCUCGCUGCAGGAGGGCACACUGCCAAGACAGUGGAGACACGCGAAGAUUAUACCGCUCAAGAAACCGAACAAAGAUGACUACACCAUGGCAAAGGCAUGGAGGCCUAUCUCACUCCUUGCGACACUCGGAAAGAUACUCGAGUCGGUGGUCGCAGAGAGGAUCUCGCACGCGGUGGAGACUCACGGACUGCUCCCGACGAGCCAUUUUGGAGCGCGAAAGCAGCGGUCCGCAGAGCAAGCACUGGUGUUCCUGCAGGAGCAAAUCUAUGCGGCAUGGCGCGGCCGGCGGGUGCUGAGCCUGAUCAGCUUCGAUGUUAAAGGAGCCUACAACGGAGUAUGCAAAGAACGACUGAUCCAGAGGAUGAAAGCCCGAGGCAUACCGGAGGUCUUGCUUCGUUGGGUAGAGGCCUUCUGCUCGGAACGAACGGCGAACAUCCUGAUUAACGGGCAACUAUCUGAGACUCAAAGCUUGCCACAAGCUGGACUGCCACAGGGCUCGCCCUUGUCUCCGAUUCUAUUUCUCUUCUUCAACGCAGACCUUGUGCAAAGGCAGAUCGACAGCCAGGGAGGAGCAGUCGCCUUUGUGGAUGAUUUUACCGCAUGGGUGACUGGACCGACUGCGCAGAGCAACCGGGAGGGAAUUGAAAACAUUGUCAACGAGGCGCUCAAUUGGGGAAAGAGAAGCGGAGCGACAUUCGAGGCCGACAAGACGGCCAUCAUACACUUUGCUCCCAAGAUGCGCAAAUCGGACCAUUCACCAUUCACCAUCAAGGGGCAGACAGUGGUACCAAAAGACCACGUCAAGAUCCUGGGUGUCGUGAUGGACACAAGACUCAAGUAUAAAAAACAUAUUGCGAGGGCAGCGUCUAAGGGUCUUGAAGCAGCGAUGGAGCUUCGGCGACUCCGUGGUCUAUCCACGGCAACUGCGCGGCAGCUAUUCACGUCGACAGUGGCACCAGUUGUGGACUAUGCCUCCAACGUGUGGAUGCACUCGUGCAAGGAUAAAGCCAUGGGGCCGAUCAACCGAGUCCAAAGAGUAGGAGCGCAAGCCAUUGUGGGGACGUUUCUCACGGUUGCGACUAGUGUCGCAGAGGCGGAGGCUUACAUAGCUACUGCGCAGCGUCGAUUUUGGAAACGAGCCGUGAAGAUGUGGACAGACAUCCACACUUUGCCGGAUACCAAUCCUCUCCGCCGGUGCACCGAUCAGAUCAGAAAGUUCAGAAGAUACCACCGCUCACCGUUAUAUCACGUAGCCGAUGCGCUUAAGCAGAUCGACAUGGAGACUUUGGAAACGAUUAACCCCUUCACGCUAGCCCCGUGGGCGGAACGCGUUCAGACUGACAUUGAUGGACAGCACGAGUCCCCGGCCGAAGCAGGCGGGUACGUGCAGGCCGCGGUUAGCAGCUCGGCACGGAACGAACUGGUGGGGUUUGGAGUGGCCAUCGAGAAGCGGCCACCUCGAAUUCGAAAGCUCAAGCAUAAAGCGCUGUCCAUCACCUUGGCUGCAAGAGCGGAGCAGAAUCCAUUCUCUGCAGAACUGGCAGCCAUGGCACACGUAUUGGGCACGCUGGCGGGACUGAAAGACCACACGAUCACACUGCUCACAAGCAACAAAGCGGCGGUUCUCACGCUGAGGAAUCCCCGACAACAAUCCGGCCAGGAGUUCGUGUGUCGGAUAUACAAGUCGAUUAAGAAGUUGCAAAGAAACGGGAAUCGUGUCAAAUUCCGCUGGAUUUCCACCAGUGAAGACAACAAGCUGCUAGGUCUGGCUAAAGCACAGGCGCGAGCCGCAACGCAACAAGAUGCCCCCUUACAAAAACGCGCCCCGAGAAUGAAAUCAACCACACUUAAUCUCGCACGGUCUCAGGCAGUCCCUGGACAUAGCCUGCCAAUGAACGUUGGGAAACACGCCAAACGAAUAGAUGCAGCACUUCCAGGAAAACACACACGACUGCUGUAUGAUCGCUUAUCGUGGAAAGAAGCGACUGUGCUAGCCCAACUCCGGACUGGCAUGGCUAGACUCAAUGGGUAUCUCAAUCAAAUCAAUGUAGCAGAAACGGACCAAUGCGAUUGCGGACAAGCGAGAGAGACCGUGGAGCACUUCCUCUUCCGAUGUCGGAAGUGGACUGCCCACCGGACGGAAAUGUUACAAUGCACCCAGAUUCACCGCGGAAAUAUUUCCUUCUUCCUAGGAGGGAGACAGCCUUCUGAUGAUCAGAAGUGGACGCCAAACCUAGAGGCAGUACGGGCCUCUAUACGUUUCGCCAUUGCGACAGGCCGACUCGAGGCCACUUAA